AUGAAGAUCAAUAAAAAGGGUAAAUCAAGACGCAAACGUUCCAAAGCUGGUUCUAGUGGUUCCCAAAAUGAGGCUACAAAAUCCAUCGAAACACAGCGUUUGCGACGUGAAUCGCGUGCCCUCAACAGUUUACCAAAAGACAACGUAUCAGUACUGAACCACGACGAACCGAACAUCAUCGAAACACGAUCUCAAACUUCUGAUCGCAAACUGCGAUCGCAACGUAGCAACUUGGUUAAGAUUCGCAAACAACAGUACCGGUGCAACUCGCUGGUUCGUUCUAUGUGUGCGUUCUCAAUCACUUCUGAUAGUGAAAACUACAUCCAGGAACCAAAGCAAUUGGAAGGUUCAAGUGACGAGAAGAAAGUCAACAGCCAGACCGAACAAGAACUAUCCGGAGAUUCUGUGAAAAACGUUAAAAAGAAAAGGAGAACAAAUAUAAUACAUAGUAAUGACCAGGGUAGCCUUAAAGAUCAAUCUACUUGUGCGAAGCCUGGUGCUUCAGAUAGUGGAAAGUAUAUCAGGGAUCGAAAGGGUUCCCCUGGUGUAACCAUAAAAGUACUAGAAAAACGAUUGCUGCGUUCACGAAAGGGCAACAUCUUAAAACAGAAGCACAAUGAACCUAACAUCAAAACAAUAACUCAAACUGCUCACUCCAAAAAGCGAACCCAUCGUAGUAGCUUGGUAAAGGUUCGUAAGAAAAGCUCACUAGUUCGUUCAAAGUCUGCGAAGAUGCAAGCUACAGGCAGUGGAAAGUACAAUCAACAAAGAAUACUAAUGGACGAUUCGAAUGACGACAAUGAAGUCAACAUCCAGCCCGAUUCAGAAGCGUCUGGUGAUUCUGUAAGAAACAUGAAAAAGAAAAGAGCAGGAAAACUAGUACAAAAGGAUGGUCAGGAUGUCCUAAACGAUGAUUCAACUUCUGUGAAGUCAAGUGCUUCAUCUAGUGGAAAGUCCAUCCAAAAACGAAAACGAAGCAACGAUCCAAGGGACGACGCGAAAGUAAGCAUCAAGGACAAAUCUGAUUUUUCCGGGGGCUUUGUGAAACACGAAAAGAAGAAAAGAAGAGCAAACAUAGUACAUGGUGACUAUCAGGGUGCCCUAAAUGAUAUUUCUACGUCUGCAAAGCCGGGUGCUUCAGAUGCUGGAAAAUACAUCAGGCAUCGCAAUGGAAUGUGUGACGACGAGCUGGCUAACAUUCAACCUGAUUUAAACGCGUUAGAUGUUUCGGAUGUUGCGGGAAACAUAAAGAAAGAGAAGCAGAAAAGAAGCGGUAACACAGUACAUGGUGACGACCAGGAUGUCCACGAAGAUUCUAUGUCACUAGGUAGGGGAAAGUUCGUCAAGCAACGAAACCGAUGCGACGAUUUAAAUGACGAAAAGAAAUUCAGCAUCCCGAUCAAUUCAGAUGCGUCCGGUGGUACUGAAGAAAAUGUAAAGGAGACAAAGAAAAUAUUAUAUGUCUUAGUCCAGGAUAUCCUAGCCGAUGGGUUUACGUCUGUGAAGUUAAGGGCUUCAGGUGGCGGGAAGUACAUCCAGCAACGAAAGCGAAGCGAUGAUUCAAGUGAUGCAGCAAAAGUAAGAAGCCACACUGAUUCAGAUGCGGUCGAUAGUUCUACAAAAAAUGUAACGAAAAAGAAUGACAAAUUAGGAGGAACUGUAGUACAUGGUGACGGCCAGGAUGCCCUAAACGUUGAUUCUGCGCCUGCAACGGCUCGUGCUUCAGAUAAUGGAAAGAACAUCAGGCUACGAAAGCGAAACAAUGAUUCAGCCAACGAGGAGGAAGUCAGCAUCCACACCAGUUUAGAUUUGUCUAGUGGUUCUGUGGAAAGAAUAAACAAGAAGAAGAAGAAAAGAGGAGAAAAAUACGUACAUAGGGACGACCAGUUUAUUCCAGACGUUGGUUUCACGUCUGCGAAGCCAAGUGCUUCAGAUGGUGGAAAGUACACCAAACGAAAAAAGCGAAAGCGAAGUUGUGAUUCAAGAAACGAGGCGGAAAUCUGCAUCCAGACCGUUUCAGAUUCGUCAGGUGGUUCUGAAACAAACAUAAAGAAGAAAAAAAAUGCAAACAUAGUACAUGGUGACCAAAAGGAUAUCCUAGAAGAUCGUCCCUCGUCUGCAUGUGCUUCAGAUAGUAGAGAGUAUACUCAGCAACAAAAUCUUAACGAUGAUUUAAUUGACGAAGAGGAAAUCAUCAUGCAGCAUCAAAAUAUGCAGAAGACGGAUGAAGAAACCAACACAGUUCAUUGUGACGAUCUGAAUAUCUUACACAAUGAUUCGAAAAGUGGACAGUUUUUGUCGGAUUUCGAUUUUAUGACGGCUCGCAAAAAGGCGGAAAACGCCCAUCGUCGCAAGCGCAAUCAUGACGGUGAUACCUACGACAGUGAGGCACUGAUGGCACUAUUGGACCAAAUGAAGCAGGCAGCCAUACAGGAUCGACAAUUAAACCUAGACGGUAAGCCAGCCACGAAGAAGAUCGCCAUCCUGCACAAGGUGAUGAAGCAGCUAAUCAAGAAAGACCUGCAACCGAUCUUGCUCAGCCACAAUGUGCUCCAUGUACUAGCCGAGUGGAUCUCACCGCUGCCCAACAAAGCACUACCAUGUUUGCAGAUUCGUCAGUGCAUCCUGAAACUGUUGGCCGAUUUUCCUAGCAUCGAAACGCCCUACCUAAAGCAGUCCGGAAUAGGGAAAGCGGUCAUGUACCUGUACAAGCACCCGAAAGAAAUCAAAGCCAACCGGGCACAGGCUAGCGUGUUGAUCAGCAGAUGGUUUCGAUCGGUCUACAACAUAAGUACCGACUUUAAUGGGAUGUCGCGCGAUGAGCGUCGCCAGCAUGAUCUGCGGCAGUUGCCGAAGCAGAUCAAACCAUCGACACCGGAUGCUGUUCCAUCGAAGCAAGUCGUUCGGUCUGAUUUUUGGUUGUUCGAUACACAUAAAAACACUAUCCGUCCGGGUGAGAAAGGCUGGGUCAGCCGGGCACGCGUCCCGAUGCCCUCCGACAAAGUGUACAUCGUGAGACCGAAAUCAAAUAUUGAGACCAAUGUGAUCAGCAAUAUGAGGAAGAAGCAACCAAAUCGCUACGAAAUGUAUCUGAAGAAGUUUAACGGCUACAAACGGAAAAACACGAUACGCUCUCCAGUACAGCUUGCCAUUACAGAUGAAAAGAAAAUGUGUGACUAUUGA